AUGUUUGUGAAGAAAUUAAUGGAGAAAGCUUCCAUCAAGAAGAGUGGUGGAAAUUCAUCAGAUGGGUUAAAAGCAAGUGAUGUAGAUCCACGGUUGGUAUUUCAUCAUGGGGUGCCAUCUGGUGGUGCCAAGUUCGCCUAUGACACCAUUCAGAGGAUACUGGCUCUUUCAACAAAGAAUGGCCAGAUUAAACUAUAUGGAAAAGAUAAUGCUCAAGCCAUACUUGAAUCUAGUGAAGCCCUGCCUAGCAAGUUUCUACAGGUUUGGGACAUAGACAAGAAAUCGUUAUCCGAUGUGUACAUUGCUAAAGAAGAAAUCACGUGCUUUGCAGUCAUUCGACAUAGCCUCUACAUGUACAUCGGGCAUUCCAAUGGUGAUAUUUCAGUUUUGAUGCUUAAUCAAGAACCAUCAUGGCAUUUGGUUCAGAUGAAAUACACCAUACCUCUAUCAGCUUCCUAUGGGAUCUCUGAAGUGUCUGAUGAUACUGUUGUGACAAACAUACUGCCUCAACCAGCAGCUGAAAGUAAGAGGGUUCUCAUAAUCUUUAGAAAUGGCCAAAUGAUAUUAUGGGAUGUUCAGGAAAGUAGAUCUAUUUUAAGAACUGGUGGAAAUAUGUUGCAGACAUUGCAUAAUGAAACAAAAAAAGUGACUUCUGCAUGUUGGGUGUGUCCUUUUGGAAGUAAAGUGGCUGUAGGGUACAACAAUGGAGAGCUCUUCAUUUGGAGCGUCGAUUCUUUAAAUAUAGGAAAUGGCUCAGCACCUGAAUGUAGUUAUCAAAACACUCCAUUGCUCAAACUUAACUUAGGAUAUAAGUCAGAAAAAAUCUCCAUAGGAUCAAUAAAAUGGGUUUAUGCUGGAGGAAAGGCUAGUCGAGUAUAUGUUAUGGGAGCUUCUGACUAUGCAACUUCAAACUUGUUGCAGGUAGUGUUGCUGAAUGAGAAUACAGAAUCUCGCACAAUUAAGCUUGGACUUCAUCUGUCUGAAUGUUGCACUGACAUGGAGAUCAUAUCAUCAACUUCAACUGAGCAAAGCAAGCAUAAACAAAAUUCUUUCAUUUUGCUUGGGAAGUCUGGCCAUCUAUAUUUGUAUGACGAUAGUUUGAUUGAAAGGUAUCUGCUACAAUGCCAAUCUAAGUCCACACCUUCACUUCCAAGGGAAGUAAUUGUGAAGUUACCACUGAUAGAAGCAAGCAUCACAACAGCAAAAUUCAUCUCCAACAAUUCCAAUGUGUUAAAUUCUGCAGAUGAGCUCUUCAAAAACUAUCCAUUGUUUGUUCCUGUUGAAACAAAUCAGAAGGAUGGGAUUAGCCUAAGUUCUGCCAAAUUUACUGGAUUUUCCAAAGUUCAAAACUUGUACAUAACUGGACAUAGCAAUGGAGCCAUAACCAUCUGGGAUGCUUCAUGCCCCAAUUUCAUUCCAAUUUUGCAGUUGAAGCAACAGAGUGAAAAUGACUGUUCAUUAAGUGGUAUACCAUUGACAGCAUUAUACUUCGAUAGCAAUUCUCCACUUCUUGUUUCUGGUGACCAGAGUGGGAUGAAAGGGACUGAUCAUAUAAUCCAAAGUGUGAAAAGUGUGAAGAGUACUGGUGCCAUUCUUUCAAUGAACAUAGAUCCCAGUUCAAUGCAUCUUGCCGUUGGUUCAGAUCAAGGACAUGUUUCAGUUUUUGACAUAGAUGGCCCAACUUUGUUAUACCAGAAACAUAUUGCGAGUGAACUUUCUGCUGGUAUCAUCUCUCUGCAGUUCCUAACCUGCAGUUUACAUGGUUUUGAAAAAAACAUUUUAGCAGUUGGAACAAAAGAUUCAUCUGUUAUGUCAAUAGAUAAAGAAAAUGGAAACACACUAGGAACGGGAACUAUUCAUCCCAAGAAGCCCUCUAAAGCUCUAUUUAUGCAGGUUUUGGAUGGACAAGGUAGACCGGUCACGGGAUCAAUUACUAAAGAUGGAUUAGACUUGAGUGAAAGGAACCAUAUUGAGGAUGCAACAACGAAGCAGCAGUACAUUCUGCUUUGUUCUGAGAAAGCUUUAUAUGUCUAUUCAUUGGUCCAUGCGAUUCAGGGAGUUAAAAAGGUGCUAUACAAGAAAAAGUUUCAUUCCUCUUCAUGUUGCUGGGCAUCAACAUUUUGUAGCCAUUCUGAUGUCGGCCUUGUACUUAUUUUCACUAGUGGAAAAGUAGAAUUAAGGUCUUUGCAAGAAUUAUCCCUGAUUGUGGAGACUUCAAUUAGAGGUUUCAGUUAUUCUCCUCCAAAAUCGAAGUCAUUUUCAGAUAGCCAGAUAUGUUGUUCUUCCAAAGGAGAUAUUGUUUUGGUGAAUGGUGACCAGGAAAUUUUUGUUGUCUCAUUGUUGGCCGGAAGGAAUAUUUUCAGGUUUUUGGACUCUAUUAGCCACAUCUACAGGAAAGAAAUAUUGCUUUCACAAGACGAGCUUGCCCCUAGCCCAGUCGUAAAUAAGGAAAAGAAAAGGGGUAUAUUCAGCUCUGUCAUCAAAGAUUUUACUAGCAGUAAAGAAAAGCAUGCUCCCAUCUUGGAAACAGAAGAUUCUAAAGAAAGUAUCCAAGAACUCUCAGCUAUCUUUUCAAAUGAAAAUUUUCCAUGUGAUGCUGAUAAUAAUGAUAAUCUGACCGUUGAUGAAGAUGAGCUUGAAAUAAGUAUAGAUGACAUUGACCUAGAUGAUCACGAAGAAAAACACAAAGAUCAAGGUAUAUUGGGAGGUCUUGGUAAGAAGAAAUUGACCGGAAAGUUUCAGGCUCUAAAAGGAAGAUUAAAAGAGAUGACGGGUAACAUCCAGAAAACAUCAGGUAAAGAAGAACAACAAGAUGAGCAAGCUGGUGCUGUCGAUCAAAUUAAGAAGAAAUAUGGGUGUUCUUCGUCCAAUGAAACAAGCGUUGCUAAGUUGGCACAAAGCAAAUUGCAGGAGAACAUGAAUAAGUUGCAGGGAAUCAACCUCCGAACCACAGAAAUGCAAGACAAAGCAAAAUCAUUUUCAUUAUUAGCGAACCAAGUGCUGCGAAUUGCUGAACAGGAUAAACGAAAAUAA